CGCCUCCACAGGCCCAUGAACACACCCCUUCUGAUCCAGCACCUCUCCAUCAUUAACCAAACAGUCCUUGAGGAUCGUGUGUUUACUGUUUACCUGGGGAACCUCUCGUAUGAUGUUGACCUGGUGGCUGUGAAGCUCAAUGGUCACAAAUUCACCAUACUAGAGGCGAAUAAAAGUGGCCUCGUCAUAACCAUGGUCCCCCAGCCCAAUAGUACCCUACAUGCCUACAUUCUCAGGGUGCCAUUUGAUGCCGUUAUUCACAAGCUGUACCCUACAGAGGGGCUUCUCGAAUACUCGCUGGACAUCAACUACACGUUGGUCAUCCUGCCUCAGGCGGAGCCGUACUUCUACCUGGCCUCAGUCGUGGCUCAGUUCAAUGAUGUCUUUCCUCCAGUCUUCGAAGGCGUCUGCAACGAGAAAAGCAUCCGUUUCCAGAUGGACCAUAAGCCGUUUGACUACCUGUGGGAGGUGGGUGUUGGCCCUCACAUUCUGACCACAAAUCUGGCAGCCAAGCGGGGCUACAUUAUGCGGAAUGACAGCAAGAGUCUGACCCUGGAAGUGCCCCUCUUCUCUGUUGGCUACACUUAUAAGGACAUCCAUUUGAAGCAGUUCCGUGGCACUUUUGAAAUUCUCUCAAGAGCUCCGAAGACCUUGGAGGUCAAGAGCUCCUUGGCCAAAGCGUGUCUAUUCCAGACUACUGAGGUCAUAGUGUGUUCCACUGAAGGUGUGAUGACAGUGGUGUCUGUGAUUUUGGCCAUCCCUGGAUCUGAACCCAUCAGAUCCUCCCUCCUGAACUCCAACUGCAGGCCUCAAGAGAUGGAUGACACCAGGGUUCUCUUUAGCUUUAGACUUGACACCUGUGGAACCAGGGUCCAGUUUGAUUACCAGCACCUUACCUAUGAAAAUGAGAUCACCGUUGAGCAUACAAGCCAAUCAGUGGAAGCACCAGUCUCAACCAGGGUGACUGUGCGGUGUGUCUAUCCACUGAGUGGCCUUUACAAGCUGUUUGCGUAUCGGCGGUUUGAAGCAGACUCGCCAGGAUUUGGCACCAUCUUGACUAGAGUCCCUGUAAAGAACUAAUGAAGUGAUAAUGCUGCCAAGAGUUGAGUGUAAAUGUCUUAAUAAAU